AUGAUCCCUCUACUCCUCUCCCUGCUCCUGGCUUGGCCUCCAGGGACAGGGGCACAGCAGGACACACUCAUGCCCUUCAUGGAGAACCUUGACGCAGACAGUAACGUCAUUCUGAAGUGGGGGUUCAGUGAGGUCCAGGGCACCAUCAUGUUCCAGCUGACCGUCAAGACCACUGGCUGGUUGGGAUUCGGGUUCAGCCCAAAUGGAGGCAUGGCUGCAUCGGACAUCGUUAUGGGAGGGGUCGGACCAAAUGGCACCUAUUUCAUGGAUUAUCAUGCCACAGGGAACUCAUUUCCCCUGGUGGAUAAGAAACAGAGCUACACCCUCCUGUCCCUGACCGAAGCAGAUGGUCAAACCACCAUGACCUUCAGGAGGUCCAUCCAGUCUUGUGACGAGGAAGACUUCCACAUCACCGUAAGUCAACUUCCAGUGAAGCUGAUCUAUGCCUAUGGUACGUCUGAUGACAUAAGGUACCAUGCCAAUAGAAGGGGGACCAAGGAGGUCAAUCUACUCAAGUUCAUGCCCAGAUCCAGCCCCCCAGACAGCAACUAUCUAGACUUCGUUGUGGAGAAUGUUACUGUCCCUGCCGAACGUACAUACUACCACUGCAAGGUCAUGAAGGUGCCAAAGCUCAACGGCAAAAAUCAUAUCUAUCGGAUUGAGCCGGUGAUUGAGCACCUGGACCUGGUCCACCACAUGCUUCUCUAUGGCUGCCCCUCCUCUGUGAACCAGACCUACGAGAAGAAAUGCUACACGGAAGGAUCAGGGGAGGACUGCAUCAGAGUGGUGUCUGCCUGGGGGGUGGGAGGAGGGGCUUUUGAGCUUCCAGAAAUAGCUGGGAUCCCUAUUGGAGGACAGAAUAAUGAUGAGUUCUACAGGCUGGAAAUCCACUACAACAACCUGGCCCAAGAAGCAGGCCGGAGGGAUAGCUCAGGCCUGAGGCUGUACUACACUGCCCAGCUCAGGCAGCAUGAUGUGGGCAUCAUGACUACAGGCCUAAUGGUGGCCAUUGGCUGGGGCUACACUAUCCCUCCCAAUGCCCCAGCAUUCCACAGCUACGGCCUCUGUAACACAUCACACUUCUCAGACAUCCUGCCUGACCCUGUCCCUGACCUCUCUGUGUUCUCCGUGGCACUGCACACUCACCUGGCUGGGAGGAAGGUGCAAGCUGGCCACAUCAGGAAUGGAGAGCAGAUUGACUUCCUGGGCUUGGAUGAGAACUUCAACUUUGAGAUGCAGCAGGCCACCAAUCUGGGAAAUAUUAAGACCAUCAAACCAGGCGAUGAGAUUGUUGUGGAGUGCACCUAUAACACAACCAAUCGCAAAGGAAUCACACAGUUAGGGCUUGCCACCACUGAUGAGAUGUGUCUAGCCUUUGUCUUCUACUACCCAGCCAUCCCCGUCACCAGCUGCUGCAGCCACCCUGACAUGCAUGCAUACAUGGCCAUGAUGGGGAAGACAGUCAACCAAGACAUUGGGGAGAUGUUUAAGACUGCAGCUUGGGACCAGUCGUCUACUGCCGUGCAUGAGGCCACAAUGAAGACGGUCCCUCAGAUUGGGUUCAUCAUAGAUGUCAAUAAAAACUACACCAUGUAUGAGGGAAACAUCCGCAACAUGACGGCUACUCUUUCAGGGAAAGGGGAUACCUAG